UGUAGGUCCAUAGACUCGUACAAAAGACUACGCCAAUAUAAAAUGGAGGACUUCUCGCAAUCCCGAGGCGACGAUGAUCUCUUCGACGACGAGAUCAUACCGUUGGAGAAACCUCCGUCUCCAGAAAAAGUUGCAGCGCAGCUCGAACAAGUCUCACUAGAAUCAACACCGGCACCCGCGCCUGCACCGGAACAACCACGCGCCCCGAUUGCCGCACCCACGCCCAGAGAUUCAAACUCACCAGGGUACAGGGGAAAGUCAAGAGGCAGAGGCGGCCAAGGGUCUGCACGAGGCGGCACCGGAGCAAGAGGCGGACUCGCAGAUUCCAAAUGGGCUCCAAAGCCAGCGAAAGCUGCGGAGAGUACAAGUACCCCCAAAGAGGAGGAGCUUGUCACGUCUCCAGAUGCACAGAAAGAUGCUCCCACAGACGAGACACCCACUACCGAUAUGCCAGCCCAAACAGGUGAAGCAGAGUCUUCCACGACAACGGUGGCCAACGCAACAUCAGCGCCCGCAAAUGCUCGGCCACCCGCCGUCCGCGGCGACAGAUCCGCCACAGGCGGCAUGCGCAAACCCAAACUGACCGAGGAAGAGUUGAGCGCCAAACUCGCCGCGGCUAAGGAACGAUCGCAGAAUCUCGCGGCAGCACAUGCCCGUGCACAAGCUGAUGCCGCGAGCUUCGAAGAGCGCGAGCGCAUUGCGAAUCAGAAGAGAGAGAAAGACCGGGUACAGAGGAAGGUGAUGGACAAGGAGCGCGAGAAGAACAGACAGCGCAAGAUGGCCGUCAUGGGCGGGCGUGAGUGGGACGCCGGCAAGAACGAGGAGGAUUUCAGCAGGGCCAACGGGCGCGGUGCAGGUGGUAGGAGAGUAUACCAAAGUGGGACGACGCCAGAGCAGCAGAUCCAGGCGGAGAUGGACGAUUUAAAGCAGUACGAGUGGCACGAGGAUCGGGGCCGUGGCAGAGGGAGAGGGAGAGGAAGAGGGGGCCGAGGCCGUGGGAGGGGUGGUGGAAGGGGAGGAGGAUUCGGGCGUGAAGGCGAUGAAAAUGGUACAAUUCAGCCGGAUGUGGCUGAGGAUGAGGAUUUCCCUGCUCUGCCUCCUGGUGCAGGGAAGAAGGCUGCCGACGAUGGUGGUGGUGUGGUACCAAGACCCAAGACGUCGAGAUGGGGUUCUGAGACGUUAUCACCCACAGGAGAUGGCGGAGGAGGGGGAAGUUGGGCGGAGCAAGUUGAAUCGAGUGAAGCUGUUGAGAACAAAGAGACACGGGCCUGAGGUUACGGCGGUGGUUUGGUUUUGGAAUCAUGGCAUAUUGAAGCGUUCAAGCGCUUGACAUAGUCUUCUUGAUUGGGCAUGACUCUGUCUAUAGGUAGGGUUGGGUAUCGCUGACAUGUCCGUUCAUAUAACAUGGAAACCCUACAAAACCUUCCAGCCUUG